GGUUGGGGUGGCGGCGGCCUCGGGAGGGACCCGGCGGGAGCGGGGGCGGUCCACAGGAGCUGGGAGCUGCAAGCUCACCCGCGGGCGGGAGGGCGCCACGCACGUCGCCACGGCCGUCCCUGCGGGCGGGGACCGAGCCCUCCGCCGAGCCUUUGAGCAGACGCGCGCCGAGCCCCGACUCUAUGGCCCGCGGGGAGCGCGCCGCCGCUGCGCCGCCCACCCGCAGCCGGAACCCGAGCUCCAGAGCCAGGCAGAGUGCAGCGGCGCGCGCCGCGGGCCGGGGCCCAGGGGCCGGGCCGCCCCGGGCGCGGGGCAUGGGAGCCCGAUAGCCGGGUGGCGCGAGGAUCCCCACAGCGGGCAGGACCCGCCGAGAGAAGACCGCCGAGCCCAGGGAGAGCCGGAGACAGCGAACCGCCCGCCCCCGGCCGCAGCCCCGCCAGGGCCCUCCCCCGGAGGCGCGCACUCGCGCGCGCACACACUUGCACACCUUUCCUCGGCUCCUGCCCAACCUUGCCUGCCCCCCGCUGAAGCACCCCUGGGGUCCCGAUGCCAUGGGUAACAACUUCUCCAGUGUCUCCUCUCUGCAGCGAGGAAACCCGAAUCGCGCGUCUCGGGGCCACCCCCAGAACCUCAAAGACUCCAUCGGGGGCUCCUUCCCGGUCACCUCUCACCGAUGCCAUCACAAACAGAAGCACUGCUCGCCCGUGCUGUCAGCUGGGGGGCUCCAGGCCACGCCGCUGCUCUUCCACCCCCACACUAAGGGCUCCCAGAUCCUCAUGGACCUCAGCCACAAGGCCGUCAAGAGGCAGGCCAGCUUCUGCAACGCCAUCACCUUCAGUAACCGCCCGGUGCUCAUCUACGAGCAAGUCCGGCUGAAGAUCACCAAGAAGCAGUGCUGCUGGAGUGGGGCCCUGCGACUCGGCUUCACCAGCAAGGACCCUUCCCGCAUCCACCCCGACUCGCUGCCCAAGUACGCCUGCCCUGACCUGGUGUCUCAGAGUGGCUUCUGGGCCAAAGCUCUGCCUGAGGAGUUUGCCAACGAGGGCAACAUCAUUGCCUUCUGGGUGGACAAGAAGGGCCGUGUCUUCUACCGCAUCAAUGAAUCAGCCGCUAUGCUUUUCUUCAAUGGGGUCCGAACAGCUGACCCGCUCUGGGCCCUGGUGGAUGUCUACGGUCUCACGCGGGGUGUCCAGCUGCUAGACAGCGAGCUGGUGCUGCCCGACUGCCUGCGGCCGCGCUCCUUCACCGCGCUGCGGCGGCCGUCCCUGCGGUGCGAGGCGGACGAGACGCGCCUGUCCGUGAGCCUGUGCGACCUCAACGUGCCGGGGACCGACGGCGACGACGGCGCACCGCCCGCCGGCUGCCCGAUCCCGCAGAACUCGCUCAACUCGCAGCACAGCCGCGCGCUGCCGGCGCAGCUCGACGGCGACCUGCGCUUCCACGCGCUGCGCGCCGGCGCGCACGUCCGCAUCCUGGACGAGCAGACGGUGGCGCGCCUGGAGCACGGGCGCGACGAGCGCGCGCUCGUCUUCACCAGCCGGCCGGUGCGCGUGGCCGAGACCAUCUUCAUCAAGGUCACGCGCUCGGGCGGUGCGCGACCCGGCGCGCUGUCCUUCGGGGUCACCACGUGCGACCCUGGCACGCUGCGGCCGGCCGACCUGCCCUUCAGCCCCGAGGCCCUAGUGGACCGCAAGGAGUUCUGGGCGGUGUGCCGCGUGCCCGGGCCUCUGCACAGCGGCGACAUCCUGGGCCUGGUGGUCAACGCCGACGGAGAGCUGCACCUGAGUCACAACGGCGCUGCGGCCGGCAUGCAGCUCUGCGUGGACGCCUCGCAGCCCCUCUGGAUGCUCUUCAGCCUGCAUGGCGCCAUCACGCAGGUCCGCAUCCUCGGCUCCACCAUCAUGGCUGAACGGGGUGGCCCAUCUCUCCCCUGCUCACCUGCCUCCACUCCAACCUCGCCCAGUGCCCUGGGCAGCCGCCUCUCUGACCCCUUGCUCAGCACCUGCAGUUCUGGGCCUCUGGGUGGCUCUACCGGCGGGACAGCCCCCAACUCACCUGUGAGCCUGCCCGAGUCACCGGUGACCCCGGGUGUGGGCCAGUGGAGUGAUGAGUGCACCAUCUGCUAUGAACACGCAGUGGACACUGUCAUCUACACGUGUGGCCACAUGUGCCUCUGCUACUCCUGCGGCCUGCGCCUCAAGAAGGCCCUGCACGCUUGCUGCCCCAUCUGCCGACGCCCCAUCAAGGACAUCAUCAAGACCUACCGCAGCUCCUAGCCCACCGCAGAGCCCCAUCUGCACGCCCACUUCUGCAGACGUCAGCCCAGCAACAGCUAAGGGGAAGCCAACAGGGUCCCUUCUCUUCUACGUUUGGGAAACUCUUCCUCCUUUUCCAUUAAACAUGGGAAUCCAA